UAGUCACAGACGAUGGUCGACAUGUAAGCACAGUCUUAUCAUCGGAUUCGUAAUAGUAAUCUAAUUUCUGCCUCCGCUUUAUCAUCAGCCGGCUGAUAACAGCGCAAAAUAACUUCUCUCCUUCCAACUGCAAGGAUGGAGUCGUGGCAUCUCUUUGGGGAAGGCAAGGCCGGCCGUAGUGAAAUACCCCUCCCUGCAUCGUCUUCAUUGGAGACUCGGAGGUCGAGGAAACCUCGCGUAGUCUUCCUUUGCUGCUUCUUGGGUCUUCUGGCAUGGACCAGCCUAUGUCAUCGACAUCAGCCACCGGAUCCAUGGGCUAUCAUUCAGCAAACACGCAAUCCUGCAUAUCUCAUCGAGGCAGAACAUGGCGCUGUUGCGUCGGAGCACAAGCGUUGCUCUGACAUUGGGGUCGACGUUCUCAAAGACGGGGGCAAUGCCGUAGACGCGGUCAUUAGUGUGACUUUCUGUGUUGGGGUUGUCAAUAUGUUCUCGUCUGGUAUCGGCGGAGGCGGCUUCAUGACCGUUCGCAUCCCACCUAAAGAUGCCAAUUCUUCUUCACAAGUGUUCAAUAUUGACUUCCGAGAAAUGGCUCCUGCGCUGUCGAACUCGUCCAUGUUCCCGGCCGGAUCAAAUUCCUCAAGAUUUGGAGGCCUGUCGGUCGCCGUGCCAGGAGAAGUUCGUGGGCUGGAAGAGGCGCACAACAGAUGGGGGUCACUUCCAUGGAACAGGCUUGUGCAACCCAGCGUCAACUUGGCCGCCGGUUGGCAGGUCGAUAAGGAGUUGGGACGUAGAAUUCCGUGGUUUGCUGAUUUGAUGCUGGGAAACCCGGAUUGGCGUGAUAUUUUUGCUCCGAAUGGAGUGCUUCUGAAAGAAGGAGAAAUAAUCAGAAGAACAAACUACUCCAGGACCCUUGCGACAAUCGCUAGUGAAGGUGCCAAUGCCUUCUACAAGGGCCCUAUUGCAGAUGCACUUGUUCAGAAGAUCGCCUCCACUGGUGGCAUCCUGUCCCAUGCGGAUCUCGAAAGGUACAAAGUGAAAGUGACGCGAGCUCUCCAAGGGACUUAUGAAGGUCGGAAAAUAUACACCACCCACGCACCUACCUCGGGACCUGCUCUACUUCAUAUGCUUAAUCUGAUAGAAAAGUAUGUCUUAGAGAAACGAAAUGGUGUCAACACGCAUAGAUUAGUUGAGGCAAUGAAAUUCGGGUUUGCAGCACGUACUAGAAUAUGCGACCCCGAUUUUCAAAAUAAUACCGACGUCAUAGAUUCUAUAUCCACUAAAGCGUUUGCAAACAUCAUUUUCCCCAAUAUCACGGAUGGACAUACACACCCACCUGAUUACUAUAACCCUGAAUAUGAUGUCUUGACAGAUCAUGGAACGAGCCAUACAUCUAUAGUUGACAAAAACGGCAUGGCAGUGUCGCUAACGUCCACUGUAAACCUUCUUUUUGGGUCAGAGGUUCUUGACCCAGUGACCGGUGUCAUUCUGAACGACGAAAUGGAUGACUUCAGUGUUCCUGGGACGCCUAAUGGAUUCGGCUUAUGGCCUUCACCGUAUAACUAUCCUGAGCCUGGAAAGCGUCCCCUGUCGUCGACAUCGCCAACGAUCAUUGAGAAUGCCGAUGGGUCGUUCUACCUGAGCAUUGGUGGAUCUGGAGGAUCUCGAAUCUUUCCAGCUGUCUUCCAAGUGAUACUGAAUCUUGACUGGGGCUUGAAUCUCGGCGAGGCUAUUGAAUUCGGACGACUUCACGAUCAAUUAUAUCCCCUUUUUCUGGAUGCCGACAAUGUGUAUCCCAGUGACAUCCUGGAUGACUUAAGAAGUAGAGGACACAAUGUUACUGUUGCCGAUGUAAAUCGCGUCGCCUCUGUUGUACAAGGUGUUAUGAUAAAGGAUGGGAAGAUUUUUGCUGCGAGUGAUUCCCGUAAAAAUGGUAUAGCAGCAGGAUAUUGAUGAUACGGACGCUUAUGUGAUACCAAUGGAUCUCAUUUUGCAAGUACGGAAAUGUGUCCACAGGUUAUCUAGAUAAUCUUUCCGUGGCUUGAAAGCCAGAGCCCUGCAUCCAAACCGGGUCCUGAGAGCAAUCACUUCAGGGACUUGCGACUGCCUGCCUGGGACCAGCUAGGCCUAAUAACGGAUGGUAACGUCAUGUGGUUUGUCGCAUCUGACUCUAUGCCUUACUGCCCUGGCGCGUCGGAUGUGAGCUGGGCAAGUGAUGGGCAUGCCUCGGACUUGGGUGAUCAUUCAUUUGACUAUGUGAAAUGUUUGGCAAGUUUGGAACUAUACACCGAUAUCGACACCGUGGCUAGGUCUUUCGCUGCCAGCUGCUCAAGGGUUCACUUUCAUCAAGUGUUCAUCAGCAGGACGUCUGAUUCGGAUGAUUUUCGCCUAUACUUUUUAUCACGCGUCGAUUCAUUGUCCUCUGUGGUCGCCCG